ACUAACUCCACUAAAAGAAAAAAAAAAAAUGUCGAACCGAAAGGCGACUACUGAAAACGCCCUCAUGUUUUUCCUCCUCGCGUUUGCCGUCAUGGCCAAAACCGUAUUCUCGCAGAAUUGCCAAAGCACCGGGUGUCCAGGCCUCAAGGAGUGUUGCAGCUCGUGGGGUUCCUGUGGAAUCAAAGAUGACCAGUGUGGCUUUUGGUGCUUCAGCGGCUCUUGCAAUCUCAAAAACAAAUCAUAUGGAUUCGACUACAACGUCGGUGCCGGUCCACGCGGUCCAAUAGAGAGCAUUGUCACACCAUCGUUGUUCAAACGCAUCAUGAGCAAAGUAGGAAACAACUGCCCGGCAAAAGGGUUUUACACUCACCAGGCUUUUAUCUCAGCGGUUAAAUCGUUCCAAACCUAUAAACGAACGGUGGCUAAGCGCGAGAUCGCAGCCAUGUUGACGCUUUUCGCUCAUGGAUCUAAAGGCUUUUGUUACAAAGAAGAUAAAGCUAGAGGGAAGUACUGUUCUCCGAGCAAGAAGUACCCUUGUCAACCGGGAAAGCAAUAUUAUGGUCGUGGCCCGCUUCAAUCAAUCAGAUGGAACGAGUACUAUGGUGCAGCCAGCAUAUUCCUUAGGUUGCCUCUGUUGAAAAAUCCGGAUAUGGUGGCUCAGAGCCCGGAAGUGGCUUUCAAAUUGGCAUUGUGGUUCUGGACCACAAAUGUGCGUCCAGCUUUGUACCUAGGAUUUGGAGAAACCUCGAAGAGAGUGGACGGUCGACUAUGCGAUAACUUACACCCUGAAGAUACUAAGAACUUGGUUAAGCAAUACGUGGACUUGUGCAAGAUAAUUGGGGUCACUCCUGAUGAAGGUCUGGAUUGUUAAAACAACAUCAAAUAAUGUAUAUAUUAAUUGGAAUUAAUUAUAAUUUAUUACUGAGGAUGUUAAAGUUUAAACGUCAUGCAAAUUAAUCAUGUCAAACAUGCUGGCAGCCUGGCACACGGAUUUCUGUAUCAAGAAUCAGGUCCCUGAUUGGUAGAUAAAUGUUCUAUAUCAAACAGUUUU